ACAAGAAACACCGGAGAUAUAUAUAGUCGUCGGUCUGGUUUUCUCAAAGAAGAGAGCAUCAGCUGCAUCACUGGUCGAAUCAGAAACUUGGUGUGGAUCGAAGCUAGGCAUUUGUGCAUCUGCUUGUACGGCACAUAAUGGAAGGAGCCACCUCCAGCCUCCCGAGCCAAAGCGCCAGGGUUGCUGUGGUCACCGGCGGCAACAAAGAGAUCGGGCUGGAGGUGUGCCGGCAGCUGGCCGCCGACGGCAUCACGGUUGUUCUGACGGCCAGGGACGAGACGAGGGGCGUAGAGGCCGCCGAGAGGCUCAGAGGGAUGGGCCUCUCCAGCGUCGUCUUCCAUCAGCUGGAGGUCACGGACAGCUCCAGCGUUGCUCGGUUGGCUGAUUUCUUGAAGACUCGUUUUGGCAAGCUAGACAUACUGGUGAAUAAUGCCGCGGUUGGCGGGAUGGAGUACGCCCAAGGAGUAGAUAACAACGAGGAACAGUUCGUUGGCAUGGAUGUGCUUCAGAGACUUCAAUGGAUGCGUAAACAGGGACGGGAGACGUACGACACUGCAAAGAACGGCGUGCAGACGAACUACUAUGGCGCGAAGCAUGUAAUCCAAGGCUUACUGCCUCUGCUGCUGUCCUCCUCCGAGGGGAAGAUUGUUAAUGUCUCGUCCGCCUUAGGACUGCUAAGAUUCCUCGGCAACGAGGAUCUGAGGAAGGAGCUGGACGACAUUGACAACCUCACCGAGGAACGGCUGGACGAGGUGCUGGCCAGCUUCCUGAAAGACUUCGAGGCCGGCGAGCUGGAGGCGCACGGAUGGCCGAUGGGGUCGGCGGCGUACAAGGUGGCCAAGGUGGCCAUGAACGCGUACACGAGGAUCUCGGCGAGGAAGCACCCAGCGCUGCGCAUCAACUGCGCGCACCCAGGCUACGUCAAGACGGACCUGACCAUCAACUCGGGGUUCCUGACGCCCGAGGAGGGCGCGAGGAACGUCGUGACGGUGGCCCUGCUGCCGGACGGCGGGCCAACCGGCGCGUUCUUCGACGAGGGCAAGGAGGCGUCGUUCGUGUGAUGACGGCGAGGCCCAAGAAAUUGAAGAACAUGGUGCUUGAUCUUGGGCCAGCGUUAGCGCAGUGAAGUUCGGGCCUGAAGCCCUGAAUCCAGGUGUUGCUAAAUUAUGAACUUGUUCAUUCUGGGAAUAAGUCUAUUUUACUUCUGAUUGAAUCGUCU